AAAAUACACAGCUUUUUUUUUUUAAAAGAAGCAACACUGACUUCAGCAUGUCAAACAAGUAGGAGCACAAGCAUUUUGAUUGAAAGCGGCAUGGUGAUGGGUGGCCUUCCCUGGGUCCCCGCUGAGCGCAGGGGACGCUGCGCACCCCUGCAGGGACUCGGCCCUCCCCUUGUGUGGAAGGCGCCCCCUGCAGUUGGGCCGCGCGCGACCUUAGGCCUCGGGUAGUCAUUUGUAAGGUGCACACAAGGCCACCCCACCACCGCCGGAAGUUGAAGAUAAAAUGCAGAAUACCCAAGUUCAGCGGAGUCUGCGUUUUUAGUGUUUUCUCUUUUUGCUCCUAGAACACUGACUCCUUCCGAGGGUGACUUUGCCCCCCGACCCUGGGGCAAGAGACAUGUCUAGAGACAUUUAUGUUGUCAGAACUGUGGAGGAGGGGGAACUUCUAGUGGGCAGAGGUCAAGGAUGCCACCCCACGUCCUACAGCACACGGGGCACUCCUGCGACAGAAGGACCCAACCCCGGAUGCCAGUAUCCCAGGCAGAGAGACCUUUCCUGGAGGCCACGAGAUGCUGGGGGUGGCCUGGGCCUCUCCAACACCAUGUACGCGCGGCUGGGGGAGAUCAUCAGCCUGGAUUGCUCCAUCGCCGUGACGCUGGCAGCACACCAGGCCAUCGGCCUCAAGGGCAUCAUCUUGGCCGGCAGCGAGGAGCAGAAGGCCAGGUACCUGCCCAAGCUGGCUUCCGGGGAGCACGUGGCCGCCUUCUGCCUGACGGAGCCAGCCAGUGGGAGCGAUGCUGCCUCCAUCCGGACCAGGGCCACGUUAAGUGAAGAUAAGAAACACUACGUCCUCAAUGGCUCCAAGGUCUGGAUCACCAAUGGAGGACUGGCCAGUGUUUUUACUGUGUUUGCAAAGACAGAGGUUGUUGAUUCUAAUGGCUCAGUAAAGGACAAGGUCACAGCGUUCAUAGUAGAGAGAGACUUUGGUGGAAUCACCAGCGGGAAACCUGAGGAUAAGUUAGGCAUCCGAGGCUCCAACACCUGCGAGGUCCACUUUGAGAACACCAGGGUGCCCGUGGAAAACGUCCUCGGAGAAGUUGGAGGCGGCUUUAAGGUGGCCAUGAACAUCCUCAACAGCGGGCGGUUCAGCAUGGGCAGUGCCGUGGCUGGGAUGCUCAAGAAACUGAUCGAAAUGACCGCCGAGUACGCCUGCACAAGGAAACAGUUCAACAGGAACCUCAGCGAGUUUGGCUUGAUUCAGGAGAAGUUUGCCCUGAUGGCUCAGAAGGCUUACGUGAUGGAAAGUAUGGCCUACCUCACCGCGGGGAUGCUGGACCAGCCGGGCUUCCCUGACUGCUCCAUCGAGGCCGCCAUGGUGAAGGUGUUCAGCUCCGAGGCCGCCUGGCAGUGUGUGAGCGAGGCGCUCCAGGUCCUCGGGGGCUCAGGCUACAUGAGGGACUACCCGUACGAGCGCAUCCUGCGCGACAGCCGCAUCCUGCUCAUCUUCGAGGGAACCAACGAGAUUCUCCGAAUGUACAUCGCCCUGACAGGCUUGCAGCAUGCCGGCCGCAUCCUGACUGCAAGGGUCAAGCAGCUUAAACAGGGCAAUGUGACCACCAUCAUGGAGACUGUCAGCCAGAGGGUUCGGGACUCCCUGGGCCGAACUGUGGACCUUGGGCUGACAGGGAAGCUCGGAGCCGUGCACCCCAGCAUGGAGGACAGUGCCCACAAGCUCGAGCAGAAUGUGCACGACUUCAGCCGCACCGUGGAGACCCUGCUGCUUCGCUUUGGCAAGACCAUCGUGGAGGAGCAGUUGGUCUUGAAGCGAGUGGCCAACAUCCUCAUCAACCUGUACGGGAUGACGGCCGUGCUGUCGCGGGCCAGCCGCUCUAUCCGCGUGGGGCUCCAGAACCACGACCAUGAGGUUCUGUUGGCCAACAUCUUCUGCACGGAAGCUUACUACCAGAAUCUCUUCGCUCUAUCUCAACUGGACAAGUAUUCUCCGGAAAAUCUUGAUGAACUGAUCAAGAAAGUGUCCCAGCAGGUCCUAGAGAAGCGAGCCUACGUCUGUGCCCACCCUCUGGACCGGACAUCCUGAAACGGGGGGACAGCAUCCCUGCUGCUGUCCGCCUGACACACGCCUUCCAGAAGGUAGAGAACUUGCUUUAUUAGAAGCUGACCAAGUUCUCUGACGGGCUUUCUCCAGGCCCCCGUGGGCACUGUUGCCUGACACGAUCCCGGGCUCUGAGCCGACACGGGGAGAGCGCGGAGCUGCUGAGACUCGCCUGACCGGGAGGCUUCGGGGUGGAAGCUGGCCUGGGGUGGUAGGGCCGGGUCGCCAUUUCUGCCAGACCACACGUUCUCCAAGAAACAGCUUGAAAACC